AGUUACAACAACCCAACUGGAGCAAAGUCAUCUGUCUGAACUGAUUUCAUUGAUUCUUUGCAACUAAACAAAUAUGGAAAAAAUGAACCAAACCUUCUGAUUCUACUCAGAUCUCAUUAUUUUCACAUAAUCAAGAUAAUUCUGCUUUAAAACACAAGAUUGAAACUCUUUGCUGUAUCUUUCAUGCCGCUUUGCAGAUUAACGCUCAGCAAAGGACAUUUUUAUGCUUUCAGUUUAUCGUAGACACCAACACGUUCGAUUUGCAAACAAGAAGUCGUGUUUUUAUGCCCUAAAGAUUUGUGAUUAGUCAGGCUAAAGUUCAUUGCAAAGGCAACAAAUAACAGAAUCUUGAAAGUAACAGAAAUUGACAUUUGAUUUAAUGAAUAAUUUGAACAGCUGAUGUUAAGCAAUGCACUUUUAGUUAAUUAUCUCAGCAAGUCUGUAAAAUUGCUUGAAGUGAAGACUGUUUUAUUAAAUGCACCUUAUUGGCUUUUAUCACAAAGUUUCAGCUCUUCAUCAUGGCCUGUAUGAGCCUGUGAUAUUUUAUUAUAUUCAGAUCUUUCUUUGGAAAAAUUAUCUCUGUAUCAUCACUCGAACUUGGUUUCAUUUUGUUUUGAAGAUUUCUCUUGCUGUUUUUUUCCGUUUUGCUCUUUGGCUGUCUAGCAUCGGGAUUGAUGCAGCUGCUUUGUUGUGUUUAAGCCGUGCGGUUCCUCAUUCUGGAGCUGCCACAAAUGAAACCGGACGCAAACGGACCGGAACACCUUGCACACCAAGAUCCGAUGAUAGUUCCAAUUUGUUAUUUUGGAUGUUUAUCUGGUUCCAGAUAUGUUCUGGUGACUAAGCAGAUAGGUGUGCACAUGCAGAGGCUUCAAGCUUGCAGCGGUUUCUGUGUUUGAUAAGGUGUUGCUUAUACAACUGCAGUCGAACUAAUAGUUUGCACAGCAGUGUUUUCUGCCACUUCCUGUCUCUAUGCAAAGCCUGUACAUGGGGAGAUGGAACUGUCAGGGGUGAGAAGUUUAUUUUUGUCAGCCAACGCUGAGCAAGAGGAAGUGGUGUUUUUCAGUGGCCUCUUAGAGGAGUAGGAUUGACCUGAAACAUACGGAGAAAUACGCCAGAGCACGACAGACAAGACGCUGUCUCCCCUUUCUUCCCAGCCUUGCAGGCUGCGUUCCCCCUGGACUCUGAUCAUCUCCCCUCAGCAGUGUUUUAUUGUGCUGACCAACUCAGACCAGUGGGACUGGACAGGAGACCCAGAGGUUCCUGCCGCUGGAGCUCUAAGCUGUGCCUGGCAAUGCCUCAGCCCAGCGUCAGUGGGAUGGAGCCUCCCUUUGGGGACGCCUUUCAGAACUUCUCGUUUGCUGACCAGGCCCUAACCAGCACUGAGCUGCUGGCCACCAGCUCUGACCCGGAUUUCAUGUAUGAGCUGGACACAGACAUGAGCCACCAGCAGAGUCCCUGCGGGGACAGCGUCGUGGGGGUCGGAGACGGAGGCAAAGAGGUGGAGGGAGGCGUGGAUCAGCUGAUGGGCCUGGGUGAGUGUGAGACGGUCCACAGCAGCUCAGCGUUCGAACAGUGGGACUCGUACUGGGAAGACCUCACCAGAUACACACGGCUGGCCAGCUGUGAUAUCUGGGGAACCAAAGAAGUGGACUUUCUUGGACUGGAUGACUUCUCCAGUCCCUACCAGGAUGAGGAGGUGAUCAGUCGGACCCCGACGCUGGCUCAGCUCAACAGCGAGGACUCACUGCCCGUCUGUGAGGCUCUCUACCCUCCUGUCGACCUGAUGCUUCCUUGCUCCCAGCCCCCAUCUCAGCCGCUCCCCUCUCAAAACAAGAGACUCCAAGGUCUGGGCGUCAGCUCCGUGCGGUCGUCUCCGUGCGCCACAUCCUCUUCCCAAUCCCGUCCUUCCAGAAGUCUUUUCGCAGACUUUCCUGAAAGCUCCCAAAAAGCAACCAGACCUGUUGCUUCCAGCACCGAGACCAUGGCUAAAACCCAGAACCAGCUCGGUCUCGCCCAGGACCACACCCAGGCUCAACCCAAACCUCCGGGUCGAGGGGCUAAGAUGGCCGCUCCGACGUCUCACAGCGCUGACUUUGUUCGGAAAGCUAAAGUUCGCAUCAGUUCUGGACCCAGACCUCAAGGCGAGGCGAUGCCCCAGACAGAUUUUGAGAGGUCAGAUCCGCCGCUGCCUGUCUCCCAGCCUCAAGACGAGAAGCCCUCCACUUCAGCAAGUGCCAUCUCAGUGGGCCAUGCCACCCCGCAAGCCAGCGGCUUGGCUAGCCUGGAGGGCUUUGAGUUGAAGGCGGAGGGGGCGACGCGGCGGGAGGGGCCUGUCAGCAGGUCCGCUGCUGUUCCCCAGCUGGUAGAGGCGAAGCAGACCGUGUGCAGCACGUCCGACGCUGUGGCAGGGGCGUGCGGCGCAGGCGGCGGCGGGGUUUUGGUUGAAGAUCCAGAGCAGAGCAAGGAGGAAGAACACAACUACUCUCUGUUCCUGACCUGCAGCCGAGCUCUGACGCAGCUGGAGGAAGACGAGGAGGAGGAAGACGACGAGGAGCCAGAGGAGGACGAGGGCGAUGGGCUGGACUUGGACGAUGAAGACCACGAUGAAGGUUUCGGCAGUGAGCAUGAGCUCUCUGAGAAUGAGGAGGAAGAGGAAGAGGAGGAGGAUGAAGACUACGAAGCAGACAAGGAUGACGACAUGAGCGACGCCUUCUCUGAGCCAGGCUGUGACAUGGAGCUGAUGGAUGACAUAAAAGGCCUGACAGCUGGAGUCUCCAGCCGGAAAAGAGGGAAGCGCCGCUACUUCUGGGAGUACAGCGAGCAGCUCACCCCCUCCAAGCAGGAGCGGAUGCUGAAGCCCUCUGAGUGGGACAGACACACGCUGCCGAGCAACAUGUACCAGAAGAACGGGCCUCUCCAUGGAAAAUACAUGCUAAAGAAAUCGCGGCGCACAGACGUGGAAGACCUGACGCCCAAUCCUCGCAAGCUGCUGCAGAUCGGCACAGAGCUCCGUAAGCUGAACAAGGUGAUCAGCGACCUCACUCCCGUCAGCGAGCUGCCGCUGACCGCACGGCCGCGCUCUCGCAAGGAGAAGAACAAGCUGGCGUCCAGGGCUUGCCGUUUAAAAAAGAAAGCUCAAUAUGAAGCAAACAAAGUGAAGCUUUGGGGACUCAGUACAGAAUAUGAUCGGCUACUGUUUGUGAUCAACGCCAUCAAGGAGGAGAUAAUGCUGCGAGUGGAGGACUCGUCUCCACGCCCAACCAACAUGACCGAGACUCUGGAGCGGCUCAUCGAGGAAACGCUUGUGCCAUCACCGGUUGCUGGGCAGACUUCAGACUUUGUCAACAAGAUUUUGGAAAACACGGGACGCGGUGACCCAACGGGAGGACUGGUCGGCCUGCGAGUCCCCACCUCCAAAAUGUAGACAAACCCUCCGUCCACUGAGAAGAGUGGACUCCAUAUUACCACCGUGCUGUCCGUUGUAACUAUUCUCCCCUCUGCAUGCCCCUCCAGCUCAGAGUAAACACUCAUCGCCAGUCACUCAAACACACACACCACCUCCCCGUACGUGUGCUUGUCUUUGCCGUGCAGCUGUAAGGCACAAACCCUGGCUUUUCCGUCUCUGCACGCCACGCGCAGCGUCAGUACAUCGCUGUCUCCCCAACCAUGGUGGCCGGCUGUUGGGAGAAGCACGUUGAAAAGCAAGUGAUGGUUUGGUGUGUCUGGAGCAGCACGUUCUUAAAUCCACUGGUGAUUGUUAGAUGAGCGUAACGUCGCCUGCUGCAGGCUUUAGGGACUGAGACUGGAGCUCAAAUGAGCAUAACCACUGGAAGACUUUGUUUGAGGUGGUAAUAAAGACAGAGGAAAUCUUGUUACAUGCCAGAAACAAUCACAGAUUGAUGAAGCAUAAGUUAUCGUUUAUACAAGGAGCUUUAUCCCAAAAAGCAAAAAAAGAGAAAAAAAACAACAACAAAAGAAGUUCCAGGAUGUUAAAUUGACCCCUUCACUGAAGCACUUUUAUAAAAAUGGCUCUGGUAGCCCAGAAAGCUGCAGGGGAGAAAAAAGCAGGGUGGCAGGAAAUAUUUAGUACUGAAGGCCUAAAUAAAUUUACGCCAUCCCCUGUUUGCCAAUCAACUCUACUGCUUGCAAAAACAGGUUUAGUAUAUUAGCGCAAGAUAUGAAACAGAAAAAAAAAUGCAGUAGAAGAUUCAAGCGAUCACACAUCCUGCUGGUUUCGACAUGUAACCUUAAUCAACAGGAAGUGGUUCACAACCUGAAUUGGAAAUGCAUGUAGCAUGGUGCUUUUUUGGGGCUUUCUGGUGGUUAUAACUGGACUGGGAAACGAUGAUGAGGAUGGUGAUAAAGAUGACAUAAACAGCAAUCCAUCUCCUCCAGGAAACUGUAUAUAGAAGUGUCUCCCAGGCAUCAGCUCCUCCCUUUUUUGUACAGUAAAGUUGACAUGGCAGCGUGGUGGUGACAGUUUGAUGUGUUCAUACUAGUGUUUGAUCAGAGUUCUAUUCAUUGUGCCUUGUAUAUGUAUGUGUGUGUCUCUUUAAGUCUGAAUGAGUGUGUGUUAGAGACGGACUCGAGCUCCAGCUUUGGAGAGAAGGUUGUUAGGGAACGAAAGGAUGGACACAAGUUGUUUAAAGAUAUUCUGAAUGUACAUAAACAAAUGGAAGCUCUUGUUGCGUGAUGCCACAGAGUCUGUGUAUAUAGGAGGGCUCUGCAAUAGAUUCCUUUCGGUUUUUGGUACUCUUGUCUUUAGGGUCCUGGGAGGGGCGGGAUGGGGCGGGUUAACAGAUAUUUUUCCUUUAGGGUUACAACAAAUAUUUGCACACUAUAUUUUGAUUGUUUUUGUACCAAAGACACAUGCAACGAAAAUGGCGACCAGCCAGUUAAAGUAAGGUUUUGCACAGCUUACCUGACGCCGUAUUGAAUGUAAGAAAUGUGGGAGGGUCAGGGAACUUCAUAGAACUGUGAAAUUAGUUUGGGUCCAAUUCUGUACAGAAAAGGAACAUUAAUUUGUGUCCCUUGCAACGUGGGCUUUUUCCUGUAGAUUUGUUGCUUAGGAACCACUUCAUUCCUGAACUGAUUCCUCCCUGCACAUGCUAAGUGUGUUAAUGGCGCUAGUUAGAAAACAAAAACAAACAAAAAAAAACAAGCGCUCACCUAGUAGAUAAGCUAAGUUACUUUUUUUUUUUUUUUUUGCUUGUCAAGAUGUUCCCUGAAAUAACCAAAAUAUUCCUGUGUCACUUGUUUGAUUUCUGUAUGUAGUCAAGGUCUAGUUCACAAGCAGAAUAUUAUCUGAGUUGUGCUUUAAAGUACUGUAUAUAGAAGCAUUAAUGCUACAUCUAUGAGUUAUGAAAUGCUACUUUUCAUGAUUUGUUUUCAAGCAUGUCACAUUUCUGCAUUUAAAAAGCUAGAGAAAAAAUAAACAAAAAACAGUAUAUUUUUGUAUUUAAGCUGCUUCUUAGACUUGCUUUCUGGUUUUUAGGUAUUCAUAGGUCAGAGAAUUAGUUAUGGAGAAAAAGAAGAGACAGGCUGAUCGAAUAAUCUUCUUUACUGACUGUGUAAAAGAGAACAAGGACUGGAUAAUUUCAGACACAAUGUGGCAUAACGUCACUGUCAUUAGAGCGGUCUGCAGGAAGAUGGAGGACAGGCUGUAUUUGUCUUGUGGCUCAAAAUGAUGCUUCACACUGACCUGGAAUCAGCAGCUUUUACAUUUUAGUAGAGAUGCACCAAUAAAAGAUUUGUGACUGAUUUUCACCCAAACCUCUACCUGCUGAUAUGGAUUUCUGAUUAGCAGCAUUCAAAACAUUUUUUGGCCUUAUAAGAGUAAUAAUCUUACACUGUGUGUGAGAAAGGAGUCACUAUUUUAGAACAAAGACAAAAUGAUGACGAGAUUGACAUUUUCCACCUGUAUAAUAACAGUUACCACUGCUAAAUUUGAGCAGCAGUCUUUGUGUCUUUCCGCUAGAACAUCUGGAUCUUUACUUUAUCUCUGAUAUAUUCCAAACAUUUCCAAAUCCAACAUGUUUCAUGAUAGAGAAGUUGGAAGCUCACAAAGAGUGAAACUUUGCAGUACUCCAAAGAGCCUUCCUGGUAUCUACUAAAAUGUGCUCUAUGCUAAUUUUGUCACUUCAAUGAGACACAAAACUCCCGAAAAUGCAACAUGACAACGCCUAACUCUCUGAAUGAACAGCCAACAUUCCUCUGUAGAAAAUACUUUGUUCUUUAACAGCUCAGUCAUUCGAAAAUAGACAACUUUGAGUCUUCUUCACUCAGUAAGAACUUCCCCACUGAUGAGUGUUGUGGUUAGCAGAACGUCGUUCUUAGUUAUGGUGCAUUCACUGACAGGAAUAAAAAGUGUGUUUUCCACACGCUAAGCUCAGUCAGUUUAAAAAUCAGGCAAUUCUGUUUUUUUUGUGCUUCUAAACUUUAGUUUCAGAAUCAAUCAUUAAAUUACGAGACGUUUGCAUUCCUGGGAUUGUUACCUUUCGAGCUGCAUUGUUGACCUGUAUGCCUCGCCUUCAUUCUUCAAGCCUUACUGCAUCAAAAUUAGCUACUUACCGGUACAUAUUUCUCUGUUUAUGUCAUACCAUGUGUUCUCAAUUGUGUAAAUAUUUCAAAAUUUUAUUUCCACCUGUUUCACCUAAGAACUAAUUCUCCUCAAAUUAACCAUAAUCAAAUUUUAGGACUUAAAAUAAAUUCAUGAAUGAGUUUUUUUGAUUCCAGGGCAGUGUGAAGAUCAAAAGUUAUUUCCAGAGCGUUUUCUAAUGACUGUGAGCGUUCCUCUCUGUGUAUUUCAUGAUUGGGUAAUAGCUAAUUUCCUUUUCUGUCUAAAAAGGGAGAAAUGGUGCUUCUUUUCUGAAACUAGAAUGAUAAGUUUCCAAUAUUCACAUUUGACUUGUUUGACUAGUUGUAGCCUAAAGACUUGCUCUCCCCUUUCCGUCCAUAGUUAUUUUCUUAGUAGUUAUAUAUUUUGUAAAUAAACUAUGAGUUAAUAUGUAUCUUCUAAAUGUUAGUUAUAUGUGUAGAUUAUAUGUUUAAAAAGACAACAGCACUUUGUCCAAAAAAAUGAAAAAACAAAAAGAAAUAUUUUUUUUCUUCCAUUUGCUGCUAAACGGCCUCGUGUGAAUGCUGCAAGUGUACUUGAUGACUACUUGCUCAGAUAAGUCUAUUACCUGACAUGGCUAGGUCUCUGAACUAGCAAGUAAUAUACGCGUGUGGCCUGACGGGGGUUAGAUCUACAAAGUUUCUUGAGCCAUGAAAUGAUAUGAGGUGUUCAGAGAGAGGAAGAGAGUAUCAUUGCUUGGCUUUCGGGAAGUGCAGUGUCUUGACAGGAUCGGUCUAUUUCCUGGUCAGGGUGUUAUGGUAUGUUUGUGGUCUUAAACAAAACAAAAUGAAAAAAAAAGAGGGUUUUGAUUCCAGGGCCCCUACGUUUGAUUCUGAUGCUGACCCCCUUGGCGUCAUGAUUCAUUUGCCUUCAGUAGAGGUUUCCUAUGGAAAAUCUGAUUCUGCUUUGGCUUCCUCUUCAGGGCGAUGUACAGUGUAGACACAUUUCUUCAGAGAGCUAUAUUGUUAUCAUUUGUAAACUGAUUUCUACUUGUGACUUAAAGAGGAGGGGGUUUAGCCUUGGGCGGCCGGGAAGAGCUCGCUCCAAAGCUGGUUUUCCGGGCCGCCUUAGGGGAUAUUACUAUAUCACUGUACUGUAUGGCAAGCCAAUUACAAGUGGAGACUCAAUCCGGACACUUAUUGCCUUCUGAAAUAACUUCACACAAACAAAAAUAACAACAUGGCAGACAUGUUUGUAGCUAAAGGGACAUGCCUGGGGUUUAUAACAUUGUUCUGCCAGUCUGGUAAACAACAGCAACAAAACCAUUCAGCCUGAUUGGCUCAAAACAACCCUGACUGAAGUAGCAGACGUGGCGAUCCAUAACUGAAAAUUGACUUCAGAAGUCUGAACACAGUAUUCAAAGCCUUUUCUCAGCUAUGAUCUGAUGCCAGGUCUGUCAGGGGGUCAACAGUGGUUACAGGGCCGCUGGUUGACGGCCGGCUGACAUUAGAGGCGCGCAUGUUUUGCUGUCGAUCACGAGGCUGUAGUUUUAAGAGAGUCCUCACAGGUUUUUACAUUUAACAUGAUAGGCGCAAGCUGUGCAACUUUACAUUCGAACCAAGAGACUCUGUGGCAUUUUAAUAGUCAAGGAAAUGAGUGAGAAUCCACGCCAGUAAAACUAUUCCUUAUUCUUUUUAGUUUAAAAAAAAAAAACCUAUACCGUAACUAUUAAGCUAAUAGAGUGUGUAACUUUGUGCUACUCUUGUUCAAUAAAAGCUACGUGGAUACCAUAAAGCUCUUCUUCAGCAAAUCAGGGUAAUACUGUUCUUCUAUCUGACAUGUGAUGACGUAUAAAAUCGCAAGAAAAAUAUAUUUAUGUAUUCCAGUUAUUGUCGCCAUUCUUUACUCUGUACAAAAAAUAUAUUGUCUGUCUGUGUGUUCUGAAUUAUCAAUGUCAAUCACUAUGGUGCAAUGCUCUGUACACAAAGUCAAAACAAAGGCCAACAGACUUUGACACAAAAAUUUAAAACAAACAAAAAUUUUUUUUUGAAUCUGCAACAUGUUCCCUUCAUGAAGGAUUUGACUCUGAUGUCCAACUGGGGUUUGUCACAUGGUGCUGAUAAUGUUUGGUCAUCCAAGAAGUGCUGCCCCCCCACUCCAAUUGUUUCCAUUAGUUUUAAGUUUCUGUAAACGGUGAGAUUUUGCUGUUGGACCAGUAAGAAGAAGAUUCCCAUGGGUUCUUUCUCUGAACAGCAGGAGUUGGGAGUUUCUGUUAUUGACUUGUGGUAUAAAUGUUGCUCAGCAUAGCAUGACUUCUUUUGUAAAAGCCAGUUUAUUGGGCUUGACAAAACUAGCCAUAAUGAAAUUUAAAAAAUAAUAUAUAUUAUUUCAGUGAUACACAUUAUCAGAUCAUAUAAUAUAAUUUCAGAGAAGUUUCCAUCAGUUUCACAGUAUAAACUGAUUGAUUGUUCAGUUAAAUUAUUAAUAGCAUUCUAGAUGAAGGACUAGAUUUCAUACAAAUCCUUUGACGGUACGGUUUUAUCGGUUUGCUAAUUUAUAUUAAUACUUUGGACUUGAUAGUUAUAGUAAAUAUAGUAUAAUGGAAUUUUUUCACAAGCUAGAUAAACACAUGGAUUGGAGAUAACUUUUUAAAAUACGUAAUUUGAUAUCCUGUGUUUGUAGGAAUCUCUUAAAGUUUCUUAAUCCAUUACUGCUGAUUCCAGGUGGUUAAAGGAUAGCAUAAGUUGGAAAUAAUGGGGAUAAAAUACUAAGUCUUAGCACCAAAUUAUCUAAACAAAACAAAACAAACAGACAAAAAACAAUCUAAAAAUAAACUUCGGAUUCAUUGAAACUUUGUAUUUUAAAACAAUUUAAAGAUUAUGUCUUACACAACCUGGCAACAUGCUAGCUUGUUAGCACUGAGUUUAGAUUCAUGCUAGCUUAAACUAUGCCAACAAAUGUCAUCUGAUAAAAACAUUGUUUUUAGUUCUGCUGUUUCAUUUAAUAAAAUCCUAAUAGUCUUUAAAGUAAUGAUUAAAAAAACUCUGAAUUUUGGAUUUGUAGUGAUUUUGUCCUUUUGAAAUGGGAAGAUUUGAAUUUUAAUAUGUUGCAAAGCUAUGUAAACCUUGCCCAACCUCAAAAUUCAGAAGCUUCACAUGUACCUGUAUUAAAGUGAAUUGAAGUGUAUUUUAUAUACUUAUGAAUUAUAUAAUUUAUCUAUUUUAUAAGACACACAGCACGAUGAACAUUUAUUAUAAUAGCUUACAACAAUUAGAUUUUGUAGUUUUGACAUUAGCAUAAAGGAAAGAAAAAAUGGUGGUUAAUGAAAGUUGUUUGAAAAACAUACUAAACUUGGCAACCACCUCACUUGCUAUAUUGUUGAUUUCUUUGCAUCUUGCUAUCGUUAUAAAGUUACUGCACUUAAGAUACUUUUAAAAUUAGAAAUAUUGAAUUUUAAAUCUACAGCUGCAUUAGAUUAUAUUUAGCUCUUUUAAAGCUAUUGAAAGUUUCUUUAAUCUAUUUUGCUUGUGUUAAUUAAUAAGAUAUAUUACGGCAUCAGCAUUUUUUUCAUCCAACAACUUACUACCUUGUUAACUGGGGUAAUAUCUUCAAGCUUAUAAGAAGGUAAAAAUGACAGCUAAUGUCUGAAAAACUGUAAUAAAUGAUUCAUUUAAUAAAAUAGUUUGUUUGUUUACAACUUGCAUCAGUGACAAAAAGUAUUUAUAUUAUUUUAAUAGUAAAAAUAAGGAAAUAAAGUUGAGUGUAACAUUUGAUGAAUUGCCAAGUCACAUAAAUCUUUCCAAAAUUCUCAGUUCUCUCAUGCAAUGAUAUACAUAUUUAUUUAAAAAACUUAAUAGGAACGCUUUUACUAGCAUUAGUAUUUUAUUCCAACAUAUAAUGCAAUUAUCGUUUUUUAUUGUAGCUAGGAACAACUUACUCUACUGAUCCCAGCUUGUGCUGUCCUUAUGUUUUAAGUCUGAAGGAAGGCAGCAAAGAACUUUUAAUUAAAAUAAUUCCAGAAAAGCUGUUUGCAAAAGCAGUUUCAAUUGAUAGUCAGUGUUGUUUUUACAGCUUGUUGUAGUGUUUUCUCUUUUUAUUCCUUAACUUUCCAUUGUUAAGGCAAAAUUUGUGUUUUUUUUCCUGGAAACUUCUUAGUGUAGAAUCGAUAAAGUAAGUAUUCUUCAAAAUGUUUAUAUAAUGGGUUCUUUUGACUCCCAUCUGUUGGCUGUAUUGUCAUGACCCAAAAGUCUGGCUUCCAGUUCUGUUUGUAUCAUUUCACAUAUAUUCUGUUUUGUUUAAACUUACAACCCUAUUUUUGUAAAACUGCCUCACAUUUUGAGGUUGUGUCACUUAUGUUCCCUUUCGUUCGUCCCAAAAUGAGAAGCAGCAAGGCUUGUGUGUUUGCAGGGUAACUUCUUGCAUUAAGCUGAGAGAAUUUGGUGCAUUUUAAUUCCCUUGCAGAAUGGGGAAAUGAUUUGGACAUAAGAAAUUGAUUUCAUUGUCACAAAGUUGUUGCAUGGCUUUUUGGGGCUCUCUGUACUCUCAGUGAUUUGAUUUUGUACUUGCUGCUAUUGAAUGAGCACAAAGAGGCUUGAGGAUGUUUAUGACAGAUUUCCAGUAUAUUUACCCUACAUACUCCUCCUUGGUUUUUUUUUUUUCUUUUUCUUAGAUAUUUUUCCUGUGAUAGUUAAAAGACCAAAAGCAUUACUCAUCUUGCCCUUGGUUUUUACACUUACAGAAAAAAGACAAUAUUUUGAAUUAUGAUGCCUGCUGAACCAGGUGCCUUAAUCAAAUAUACAAAAACACAAAUCUGCACCUUCUGUCAGUCUGGAGGGGAUUUCCCCACAGAAACAAUGGACUGGGUUUUCCAAAACUUAAGCUUGAAACACAAAAAUAAACUGAAAACCUUGCUCUAUCUAACAUCCACACAUUUUACAGUGUAAUCAACCGUUAGCAGCAGAUUUAAACAAGUUCUCUUUCCCAGAUGUUGCAUUACUUUCCAACGGUAUUUCCCUUUAGUAUUAUAGUGGAACCCGAUGUUGUUUUGGGAAACCCGGUUCUAUUUUUUGAAACUCUUUCUCUGCCCACUACGCCACAAUAUCGUACGUUGUAUUGGCUGCUGCUGCUAUCACCGCUGGUGUGUUUGUGUAGAGAAGAGCAAACUUCCACUGUGUCAGUGACAGAGGGAGACUCGGGGCCUGCUUUUUACCUGGUCAAUAUCAAUGCAUUCUUCUUCUUCUGAGGUUUUGACAUGGUGCACUGGGUUGCUGCCUCUUGAGACCUUUAUGUGACAGUAAAAAAAAAAAGAAAUAAAACCAAUAAAAAAAGAACACUUUCCAUUUUUUAACUUUGCUAUAAUGAAGUGCCAGACCCCUCCGUGAAGUCAGUGUUGGCACUGAGUCGCAGGUUGCGGAUGAAGCGACAAACUGAGCAUGGGGGUAAACUGUGGUGCUAUACUCUGUCCCUGGCUGGGUGCUACAGUAACAUGGCUGUGUUGAAUUUUAGCCAUAUUAUUCCUUCUGUUGAUGACUCCGGUCAGUCUGGUGUUUCUGACUGCUGUACGCUGACAUAGCGAGGUAUAACUCCUCCGCUGCUGCUUUGCUGAUGAAUGUAGACUCGUCUUCCUCAGCAGGAUCACACAGACAGAUGAAAGAGUGUCUGGAGAUUUUAUUUCUUUCUUGUUUGUAUUUGUUUGGAAGCUCAAAGGGAGACUCUGGUCAUUAUGAUAGAGAAAGAUCUCGAAUGUUAUAUUUUUAUGUGGCUACUCUUGCUCAUAUGUUUAAACCUUCCUAUCGUUAAUGUUAUAGUUUGAUAUUUAUGCUAACUCUGUCAAAUGUUUAUAUUGUUUUAAAUUAUAUUUUAUAUUUUCCCCUACUCCUAGUGUUUAUAAUAUGUGAUAUUUAUUUGUGAAGGCCUGUAAUUUAAAAUGCAAUGAGACAAAUAUGAUUAAAUUGAGAUUUUAAAGUAUUUCCACUGAGGAUAGAAAGUCAGACACAUGUCUUGAGAUUCACAGGUGCAAAUCACAAUGAAACCACAAUGACUUCUCAAACUUAAUCUCUCAUUUCUGGGAAAAUAGUGGCAAAAGUUCAAUAAAUCAGCAAUCGAUUAGGCAUUUUCCAAUCUGCACCAAUUCUUUUUUUUUCUAUUUUGAUAACCUCUGCUAUAACACAGAGCAUAUUUUCUGGUAAAGAUAAUCACAUUUAUGCUUUAGACGAUAUUUUUAUGUUUUUAUACCAAACUCUUCCAAAAGUGCAUCUGUGGUUGAUGUGUAUUUUAGACCAAAAUCUGCUGCAUUCAGCUUUUUAAUGCUUUAAUGAAUAGAAAAUAUCUAAAGAUUCAGAAGUUGACCUGCCAGUCAUGGGAAAGUUGAUAGCUUCCUAUCUAUAAUCAAUUAGGAUUUGUUCUUUAAUGUAGUAGACCCGUUCUUAUUUCACAAAGCUGAAAAAUAACCAUUCUAAAAACUCAAUUUCAACAAGUGCACAAAGUAAAAUGCAAAAAUGUGUAAAAAAAAAAAAAAAAAGUAUUUUAGAAAAUAAUAUUCAACUAAAGCUGGGUUUUGAUUAUUUUUAUGAUUAUUUAUUUCUACUAUUGACAUUUUUAACUACUGAGUUGAAUAAAUGGAGAUGCUAUAGUUAAGUCCAUGACUAUAAAAUAGUUUUUCCACAUACUGAUUAUGUAAGGGACAAAUUGCAAACAGCCUAAACAAAUAAGUAAAUCUUUAACCUUGAAUAACUCAUUUGUAAUCUCUUUUACAGAUCAAAGUGAAAAUAUGCAAACAACAAUCAAUUUGAUUGAUGCUUAUUAUUAAGACUCAUAUUGAGAUCCCAAUCACUAUUUUCUAAUCAGAGUAUUCAAUUCCUCAAACAAGAUUUCCAUGCAAACUACCAUUGUGAGGAUAUUUUUUAUUUCUUUGCACUUUCGAAGGACUUGAAUGACUGAAAUAAAUCAAUUCAAGUUAGAGUUAAAUAGCUUUAAUAUAUAAAGAAGCACCUUUUGACCCUCAGUUUAAACUUAGUGAUAUACCAAUGUACUUUAUUUACAAAUAAUAUGCAAGUUUCCCUGAAUAAUAUUUAAUUGAGUGGUGAGAAAUUUCUGCCUGUGAAACUCAUUAAUUGUUGUUAAAGGUUCGAUGUGGUUCAAAGCUAAACCAACUUUUAGCGCUCACCUUAGAAGAUGGCUCAUUUGCCAUUAAUAGAACUUCAGUGGAAAUGUUGAGAUUUUUACCACGUUCCCUGUUGUUGUUUUUGUUUUGUUUAAAUUAUUUCUUAAGCUCUAUUUACUUUCUUUUUAAGAAGGGCUUGGUUUGCAGUGUCUUGUCUCGUAGCCCUGGAGAUUAGGACGGGGCCACUUAAGGCUGGUGGGCAGAGACCCCUCACCUUCCCCUGUAGUGAAUAAAUACAGGAGGGGUUCAUCUCCUCUUCUGCAGACUGAUUUAACUAAAGCAAAAAACUACCCAUCUUUGACAAUAAAAGCAAAACUAUCUACAUUUACACUCGUCAAUCUUACAAACCAACACUGCAGUGAUUUACAUCUCCUUCCAGACUUGCCAAAACACACGAGAGAUCUUCAACAAAAAGAAAAAAUGCUUCUCUUAAAGUAAAGCAUCUGUUCUGUUUAUUUUUCUUCUGUUUCUAAGAAUAAGAGCAGACAGUACGUCAAUUUUUAGUAGGAAAUCCAUACAAGCCCAAACAUUUGGAGAGGAUGUGGAAGGUAUCGGCCAUCCUGAGCUCCACAUGCCAUUGUUAUGAUGCUUCUGGUCUUGUAUGGUAACUUAUUCUACUAGAUCAACCGCAUGGGAUCUUUCUGUAGUUAGUCCUGUGUGUGUUCCUCUCCCCAGUUUCAGUAGGAAGGCUGUACUUCAUUGCUAAGUGCUCUGUAAUAGAUCUCUUGGUGAUUCUAAUUUGGUAAAGAAGCAAAACCUGCAGAACGUGUAUCCUGCUGAAACUAACUUGAUCCUCUCUUUAGCAAUGACGUCUAUUUGUAGUUCACAUAUAUGCCUGUUUAAAUACAAUAUCUUGACAUGUGUUAUAUUUAUGUUAUAUAAUAAAUGUUGUGCUGGGUUUAUACUUUUGGUUUAACUUCUUUCUUUUACAUUGUAUUUUUUGGAGGCACAGUUGCACAGGCAUGGAAAUGUAAGACUUUUUUUUUCUCGGUUUGUACUGUAAUGGCCCAUUCUGUUUCAGCUUUUGACAGUUUUUGUCGGACACCUGCCCUGAAUCUCUGUUGUGUUCUUGUGCCUCUUUAUUUUUUCUAACUUUGUGUUAAAUCAUUCUUUCUUUUCUGUCAUGUAUCAGCCGGGUGUUGGUACUGCAGCUCUGCUUGUAACCACAUUAGUCUGAUUAUGUUUAUUGAUUUUAAUAUCAAAACAAUAAAAACCAUUAGCACCCCA